CUUCAGAAGUUGCUGUUUUCUGCAACCCUCUCUCAGAACCCAGAGAAGUUGACCCAGCUCAAUUUAUUCCAGCCUCGUUUGAUAACAUCUGUUGUGACGUCGAAGAAUAGAAGAAAACAGAAGCAGGUGGAUGGUCAGGAAGCUUUGGAGGAAAGAGGGGAGUUUGUUGGAAAGUUCACCACUCCAUUUGGACUCAAAGAGCGUUACAUCCAGUGCACGCCUGGCGAGAAACCCUUAGUCGUUCUUCAUCUCAUCCAGUCCCUGAAGCUCUCUCAGAUCCUGUGUUUCGCAAACACCAUUGAAUCCACACAUCGUCUCUACCAUCUGCUCAAGCUGAUUGGAGGGAUUGAGGUUGCAGAGUUUUCAUCCAAUCAAACGGCAGGACAAAGACGGCAGAUACUCAAGCAGUUCAAAGCUGGCAAGACAGAACUGUUAAUUUGUUCGGAUGCAAUGGCUCGUGGAAUGGAUAUAGAGAAUGCUAGAUACGUCAUCUCAUAUGACAUGCCACCUUACAUCAAGACGUAUAUACAUCGGGUUGGUAGGACGGCUAGAGCCGGCAAGACAGGAGUAGCUUAUUCAUUGCUUCAAGAAUAUGAGGUUCCCAAAUUGUUGAAGAUGCUGGAGCAUGCUGGCAAGACUAACAUGAUAAAGCAUGAUGUUGAAGACGAUGAGAUGGAAUAUUUGGUAGAAUCAUAUGAGAAGGCUUUGCAGAAACUACCAACAAUCUUACGGGUGGAGAAGCAUUAUUCCAUGUGAGGUAUCAUGGAUUGAUCUACCGGCCGUUAUUCUUGGGGUUCCCCCUAGGGAAUAGAGUAGUGUGAAAAGGGCUGAAGUUAAAGGAAUUCGCUGACUUGGAAAAAGUGUUUGAAACAGUUUGUUAUGAAAUACAUUAUGGUUAGAAAGAUAUCUUAAAAGAGGAAUACAAUGAUCCACACAAGUAUCACUCGAAAUUGCACGGUUUUCGUUUUCGAUGCGAGCUAACACCAUCUGCCCUUUUUUUGAGUCAAAAUUUUGGCUCCACAAAAUGGCCGACCGUGUUGCUUCGCGAUGUAUAAGGAAAACCUAGCAAUUUCGAGGCAUGCGUGUGUGGAUUGUUAUAUUCUAAUUUUAUAUUCUUUAUCUAACUAUAUGCAUUUCAUAA